GCUCCGUCGUCUUUGACCACACGCUAAUCGCGAUCGCCGCCGCCCCUAACCACAGCUUAAACCCCCCGCUUAAACCCUCGAACCCGCGGUUAAAAAUUCGGAUUCGAUUCCUCCCAGCUCCAUCCAGCACUCACCCCGACGGCCACGAACCCUGUGCCUGCAGACCCGGCGAGCCGCCGCACCGCGAGCCCCAGCACCAGCACCAGCAGCAGCAGGCCAGAUACUGACUCCGGACUCCCCCCCACCUCCUAAAACCCCCCAGCCCCGAGGCGACGAAACCAGCAGCGCGGCGCCGACCACUCUCUGGUAACGCAGGCCCUCGCGGUCCACGGAGAUGCCGCUCGCCGCCGCCGCCGCCGCGCGCCCGUGAGCCGGCCCUCCCGGCGGAGAGGGAGGCACGCCCGGGGAGCCGGGCGGGCUCGGAUUCGGCGGAUCUUGAGGGGGCCCGUCGCGCUGGUUUUGUGCCGGAUUGUUCCCGCAUUCCAGCUGCAGCAGGAUUGGGGGCCGUCACCAGAGGGAAAGCGAAAGGGAGCGGGCGACUUUGGGGGUCAAGGAUCGUCGAAAAGAAAAGGAGGGAUCUUUUGGCUUUGGGGACUGUUUGAGCUUUGGGGUUUAGAGGCUCGGGACCGAUGGAUUUCUUCAAGAUCAAGAAGUUCGGGAAGGGCAAGAAGGGCGCCGGGGGUGGGGGCGAGAUCGUGGAGUCCGAUGACGAGGCCAGUGCCGCUGGAAAUGGGGCCUCCGAGGAGCAACAGAAAGGUGACAUUUUGGGGGAGAAAGCUGAGGAGAUAGAGGGUGCGGUUGCGGGCAAUGGGGUGGUGGAGGAAGUGGAGGAGGACGACGAUGACGAUUUCAUCACGAAUGAGGUGAAGCGGAGGCUUAAGGAGCUGAGAAAGAACAGCUUCAUGGUGCUCAUCCCCGAGGAGGAAUGCGCUGAGGUUGAGGAGGACGGUGGGGAGGAAGGGGAGGAGGAAGGGAGCAGCUCCAGGGAGUGGUUGGAGUCGGAUGUCGGUGAUGGGUUCCCGCUGUGUGGGUUCGAUUCUCUAUAUGAUAAGUACUGUGAGAGGAUGCUGGUGUUUCAUAAGAUGAUCGCGCAGCUCAUGAAGGAUCCAGAGUCACUGAACAUGUCCAAAAAGUCUCCAAGAUCAGCAUCCAAAUUGGCAUCUACCCUGCGCAACCUCUCAUUCAAAAGAAGGGAUGAGCUCCAGGAGGAUUGUGAGCAACUUCAGCAAAAGCAAAGCGAAGAUGAUCCUUAUCAAACACUUGAAACUGCAUAUGUUGCUCAUGUUUCGUUAAGCUGGGAGGCUCUGCAUUGUACAUAUGUGCACCUGAGCCUUAUAGUUGCAGCACAACCUGACAAUCCUACAACCUACAGCUGUGCUGCUCAAGCGUUCCAGCAAUUCCAGGUUCUGUUGCAGAGAUUCGUUGAAAAUGAGCCAUUUGAGCAUGGUACCCGGGUCGAGAUAUAUGCACGAUCUAGGAGCUUGUUGUCAAAGUUGCUUCAAGUCCCCACUUUUCAAGUUGCAGACAAGAAAGAUAACACUGAAGACCAAAUGGAACCAUCGAUUUUCGCACCUGAUCUUAUCAAAUUGUUAGAGGAGUCUAUCCUAACUUUCCGCCUUUUCCUGAAGAAAGACAAGAAAAAGAAUAGUGCCCAUAUGAGUGCUCAUGGCCACACUGGAAGCUCAAUUCAUCAAGUGCAAUCCUCACUCGAUAAGAAGGAGGCGAAGGUGAAGGAGCUGUUCAAGAAGAAGAAAGGGUGGAAGAGCAAGACCUGGCCGGGCACGAUGGAGGAGGUCCAGCUGCUGUUCGCGCUGAUCGACGUCAAGGUGGUGUCGCGGGUGCUGCGGAUGGGGAAGCUGAGCAAGGAGCAGCUGCUGUGGUGCGAGGAGAAGAUGAGCAAGCUGGACCUCUCCGAGAACCGCCUGCGCCGCGACGGUUCCCCCAUCCUCUUCCCCUGUUGACAGCCAUAUGUGGCACCACCUCCUUCCCGUUAGCCGGCGCCUUGCGUAGCUCUUGGCGCGCUCAUGCCGUUCCUUCGGCUACCUUAUGCUGAUGACAUGUACAUGCCUUUAUGUCGACCUGACAUGUCCAUACUACAGUAGGGGCUUAAACAUGGAAGCUGCUGUCCGUUCAGCU